AUGCUUUCCCACGCCAAACCCCCGACCAUCUUCGAUGACGCGAGUCGCUCCCCGACAAAAACGUCGAUGCUACGCUCCAUCUUGCCGUCAAAAGCCCACAAAAGAAACACCUCGGCUAGUGAUGCACUCCCAGCAGUCAUGCCGGGAACAAGCUUUCUGGGCAACGCGGGUUUCCUGCCGGCUGAUCACCCUCAUGCUCAGCCGUUGGGGGAAAGAGCACACAACAGGGACGCCGCGGGGGCACAACCCAAGAGGGAAGGAUUGCAUAAGAAGACAAAAAGCUCUGUAUCCCUCAGGGCUUUGUUGAGAGACCGUGAGAAGAAAGAGAGUCGGAGCUCGUCGGACUCGCCGGAGGAGGAAGGUUCCUUGGGAAAGACAAUGAAGAAGAUGAAGUCAACAGCUAGUCUGUCUGCCAUCUUGAAGCGAUCUAAUCGAGGACGCAAAGGUGAGCCCGUGGCUGAGCCAAAAGACAAGGAGAACCGACAUCCAGUGUCGGAAGUCAUCCCUCCCAUCUGGGCUCAGUUUGCUACCCAGCGACUUGAAGACCAGACGGGCAACGUAUAUGUCCCAGAAAGUCAAAGGUCAUUGGAAGACGAGAUGUCUUUGUAUACCCCAAAGCAAUACUCACCCUCAAAGCAACGGAACUUUUACGACCAUCAGCCUACUCUGGUCCAGAAGCCAAGACCCAAGUCGGACUAUAUCUCAUCAGGCACAAUGAAGGUCAGAGAAAUGCUAGGUCAGAUUCAACGCGUUCCAUCAGACAAGCAGCGGCACCCAGAAAGGCAGGCCGAGGUUCAUUCAUCCGAUGCCCAUUCUGUUCACGAGUCGAAGAGAAACUCUGCUCAGAUGGGUGGUCGCGUGAUGGCGGUCGUGUCGGCACUAGAAGCCAAAGACACCAUCCGCAAGGACCAGGACCCUAAGCAGAUUGAAAGUGAAUUUGAGAAGCUCCUGGACGCACGGAACAUUCCCAUGAACAUGCGGGACAAGAUGAGGUCUCUGGAUACCAACAUCAAGGCUGAUUUUAUCCAAAAGAAUCAAGCCGAAAGUUCGGUUCCCAAUUCCGCAACUUCCAGCACUUUUGAUAGUGCCGGCCGACGCGGGAGGAAGGAUGAUCGAUCUGCCCCCUCUCAGACUCGUGAUAAGAGCCUACGCUCACUUUCGCGUGCUCGGUCGCCAUUUAGUACCUCAAGAGGAGAUACUUCGCCUAAGAAGCAUCAAAAGUCGAACAGUGCCAGCUCUUUCAAGCGUCCAAAAUCAGUUGAUCUCUCACGGCCAUACAUGUUGCCCACGGCAUCCACCUCUUCGACUUCAUUGCACGCCAAAAGCCAGGCCGACACGUUUGCGGAUCCUGCCGACUUUAUACACUACUUGAGGGAGGUUCAGAAACCAGAGCUGGUUGAAGUGGGCAAGCUACAUAAGCUCCGUUUACUGCUGCGGAAUGAAACUGUAGCCUGGGUGGAUUCUUUUAUUACCGGUGACGGAAUGGAUGAAAUCAUCCAGCUCCUGUACCGCAUUAUGAAAGUUGAAUGGAGGGAGGAACAUGAGGAUAACCUACUCCACGAAGCUUUACUGUGUCUCAAAGCUCUUUGCACAACCUCUGUUGCGUUGCAGCGGUUGACAGCUUUGAGCAAGGAGCUUUUCCCCGCAUUGCUAGGGAUGAUAUUCGACGAAGAGAAAAAAGGUCCCAGUGAAUUCACCACCAGAGGAGUCAUCAUCAGCAUUCUCUUCACUCACCUUUCGACUGCGCCACAAGGCGAAAUGGCUGCGCGAGCUGCCGAGAUUCUAGCCUACCUGCGUGACCCUACCCCCAACAAAGAGCAGGUUGAGUUUAUCACAAACAUCUACCAGUCUCGUCCAUACCGAGUGUGGUGCAAAGAAGUGACCAAUGUCACCAAAGAAGUUUUCUGGAUCUUCCUUCACCAUCUGAAUGUCAUCCCUCUGAAUCGUGACAACAGUGUUGUUGAACAGGAAGAAGAGGAUUACUCCAAGAAACACUUCCCUGCACCUCGGCCUCCCGUUCCAGCCGCUCCAUACGUCGGCGGUGUUGAAUGGGAUGCUACAAAUUACCUUGCAACGCAUCUUGACCUGAUGAACGGUCUUAUCGCGUGUCAGCCUACGGCCGAGCAACGCAACGCUCUCCGCGAAGAUCUCCGCGCUUCGGGCUUUGAAAAGGCCAUGGGAGGUAGCAUGCGUACUUGCAAGGAGAAAUUCUACGGCGCAGUUCACGACUGCUUGAAGACAUGGGUCUCUGCAGCUCGCGAUGAUGGCUGGGAUUACAAGUUCGUCCGCGAAGGACCGGAGCCUGGAUCCCCAAAGAAAUCCCCCAUCAAAUCUUCGAGCAAGAAGCCCAUUGAAGAGCCACCAAAGCUCGCCCUCGACAUUGACUUGGGGAAGAAGUCUCCCAGUCGUAUCUCUGACGUUGACGGAUGGAUCUAA